CUAAAUUUGGGGGAGAAAAAAUAUGAGAAACAAUUUUUGAGUAACAUUUUCUUUUCCUGUGCAGCCGAUCCGUUGAAUUCCUUUAAAUACCCUUUCCCCCACCCUUUAUUUUUCCCUCCCCUCCUCGUUCUCUUCUCUUCCACCAUACAACAUGAACAAAUAAAAUAUACACAAUAUAUAUACACACAUAUAAUUUUUUUAGAGUGAGUUAACUAGCUCACUCUAUUUAAUCAACCACAGUACAAUGUCAGCUUGUUGCAAUGAUGAUCCCCGCAUCCAUGACAUCAAAUCUAAAAUCCGGGUUGUUCCCAAUUUUCCCAAACCAGGGAUUAUGUUUCAAGAUAUAACUACACUGCUAUUGGAUCCAAAAACAUUCAAGAACACAGUGGAUUUGUUUGUUGAGAGAUACAAGAACAAGAACAUUUCUGUUGUUGCUGGUAUAGAGGCUCGUGGUUUCAUAUUUGGUCCUCCCAUUGCAUUGGCGAUAGGAGCAAAAUUUGUUCCCUUGAGAAAACCUAGGAAGUUGCCUGGCGAAGUUAUAUCAGAAGAAUAUACUCUAGAAUAUGGAAGAGACUGUCUUGAGAUGCACAUUGGAGCAGUUGAACCUGAUGAACGAGCUCUGGUGGUUGAUGAUUUAAUUGCCACCGGAGGCACUCUUUGUGCUGCUAUGAAUUUACUGGAGCGUGCUGGUGCCGAAGUUGUUGAAUGUGCAUGUCUGAUUGAACUACCAGAUUUAAAGGUAUAACUGAGGAUGUCUGGAUCGUGACUGUUAUCUUACAGCUAAAAUGUCAAAGGAUAGUAAUUAGCCUUAAGAAACACCUUCACCAAAAUGUUUAGAAGAUACUGUCACCAAUUAUUAUGAGCAUAUAGUACUGGAGGCUGAUCUAUAUAAGCUAGGCAUUCAGAACCAAAAUACAUAUAUGAGAGUUUGCAUCUUAUUUUAAUACCAUCUUGAUGAUGCCUUCAAAGCACUAUAAUGUACAAGAUAUUGGCUAUUUAGAGAAGGUAUAGAAAUUUGAUAGUAAAAUCACUUUUGGAUCCCAGUUUUUUAUAUACAAGUGGACUUGCAUAUUUUAG